CUCCAGGAAGUUAACCACCCAGACUUCUGCUCCUCGUCCUUAUGAUUGUGGUAGGGACAAGAAUUGAGCAUGAUUCAACGACUAAGGUCCUUUGGAAAGUAGACAUCGAUCUUCCAAGCAGAGGUGAAACAAUAGAUUGGGGUGUGGCUAAAGUCUCCCUGAGUGACUGACGGGUGAGAACCAUGGGCCAAGCCCCUGCAGCGAAAGAUGAAACUCAGGACCUUGGCACACUCCCAUCACGCUUAUUUCCAGUACUCUUUUGAGACGAUGUGCAGGGGAUUAUGGGAGGCAUCUGAGAGCCUCAAAGAAAGCGGAAGGGGAGCCGUGGACCUGUCAGCAAGGACUCAGCCGGUGUGGAGAACACCAGUGGUUCAUUUGCAGCAUUCGCGGAGAAAUCCUUUGAUAACAACAUUGUCAAUGGAGAAGGCAUUUGAUGAAGGUCCCUGAGGGCAAAGUGGUCGUUCUGAAUUUUCGAUUCAUCGACCUUGAGAACGACAACCUGUGUCGCUACGAUUUCGUGGACGUGUACAACGGCCAUGCCAAUGGCCAGCGCAUCGGGCGCUUCUGUGGCACGUUCCGGCCUGGAUCGCUUGUAGCCAGUGGCAACAAGAUGAUGGUACAGAUGAUUUCCGACGCCAACACCGCUGGAAGUGGCUUCAUGGCAACGUUCUCCGCCGCUGCACCAGACGGAAAAGGGGACCGGUACUGUGGAGGACGUCUUGAAAAACCUUCCGGCUCCUUUAAAACUCCCAACUGGCCAGACCGAGAUUACCCCGUGGGAGUUACUUGUGUGUGGCACAUCAUAGCCCCGAAGAACCAGCUCAUAGAGUUAAAGUUUGAGAAGUUUGAUGUUGAGAGAGAUAACUACUGCCGCUAUGACUACAUGGCCGUGUUCAACGGUGGGGAAGUCAACGACGCCAAAAGAAUCGGAAAGUACUGUGGCGACAGUCCGCCUGCGCCGAUCGUGUCCGAGAGAAAUGAACUUCUCAUUCAGUUUUUGUCAGACUUAAGUUUGACAGCGGAUGGAUUCAUUGGUCACUACAAAUUCAGGCCAAAAAAAAUUCCCACAACCACAGCCAUGCCCGUCACCACCACAGUCCCCGUAACUACAGGUUUAAAACCCACCGUGGCCCUGUGUCAGCAAAAGUGUAGACGGACUGGGACUCUGGAGAGCAAUUACUGUUCAAGCAACUUUGUGCUAGCCGGCACCGUCAUCACAACGGUCACGCGAGGCGGGAGCCUGCACGCCACGGUCUCCAUCAUCAGCAUCUACAGGGAGGGGAACCUGGCCAUCCAGCAGGCCGGCAAGAACAUGAGCGUGAAGCUCACCGUGGUCUGCAGGCAGUGUCCCCUUCUCAGAAGAGGUCUGAAUUACAUUAUUAUGGGACAAGUGGGUGAAGAUGGACGUGGCAAAAUCAUGCCAAACAGCUUUGUCAAGAUGUUCAAGAAUAAGAACCAGAAGCCCAUGAACGCCCUGAAGAACAAGCAGUGUUAGCCCUGAGCUCUGCGGCUUAGCUGCACUUGCUCAUCGCCACCGAAAGAUAUAUUCUCCCCACGUAGAAAUAAAACCCACACGACUUAAUACUGAGCAUUCUGGGAGGUGGGGCCAAGGCAGUCCUCACGUGACGGAAGUGUGAGCCCCUCCCGCGUUCUGCCGGCGGAAGCCCUGAGCCUGCCCUGUGAGAAGCAGACAUCUGAGAACCCUCCCGCCCCGCUGCCUGAUGGGAAACAGCAGCAAGCGCCCGGUGGCUGGGAAGGCUUGUGCAUCCAUCUCUGUGGAAGGGUAUGCUAGAAUUGAGCUGUACGAAGAUAUAAAAGCGAUUUUAUAAAAUACAAUAUUUAUAAUGAUACUUGGUUACCUUCAAGCAUUUGCUCUAAGGUGUCACAUUUUUCUCUUGCAUUUUUUUUUUAAAUCGGCACUUAAUAAAAUAUUUUAAACGA